UGUUGUCUGUCGAGGAACUGUUGCCGGAAGCGCACUAAAGCGAGCAUGGGGUUCAAUACAUAACGAGAGGCAACAGAAGGACAGAAGCUCUCCUUCAGGACUGAAGAGUGCUAUAACGCUGUCCACGUACCUCCAACCAUUUUGAUAUAUCCGUCAAUCAGGUGGUCCCAGUGCUACAAGAAGACCCAGAACUGAAGUGAUACUAGACGACUGAGAAUGCUAAUAAUAUAUUCGCAGUCGCUAAGAAUCCCUAGACAGGUGCACAUCCUAAAUUUUAAGUGAAGCUGGAGUAAGUAAUUGGAGUCAAACUGGACAUGAAAAUUUCAAAAUGUCAAGACAAAACCUAAUGUUAGUCAUCAGUCUGAUAUAUUUAAGCGACAUAGUAAUGAUCAACAACUGCUCAUCUCAGCCAAGACAACUUAUGAUGACUAAUUUUGCGGAGAUUUUAAACUCUGGAAAGACGUGGCUCGUAUACUUUGGUAAUAAAGUCAAUGCACCAAUCGAAUUGUUUCUUAAAGAGUUUGACAUGUCGGCAGAAGUCUUGGAAGAUUAUGGCAUUUUGACUGCUAAGGUGAAUUGUACAAAAGAGAAUAUCACAAAAUACUGCACGAGUGAACAUGUGUUGAAUAAAGUACAUUUAUUUAGAGCUGGACAAAUAUUACAAACCUUUGUAACUGAUACAGUUUUUGAUGUGAAUGCCAUUGUGGCUCAUGUUCUCUUUGCUGUUCUCUUCAAUGAAGUAAAAUAUGUGCAUACACCAGGAGAGCUGCAGAGCCUUACAAAGGCAGCAAAAGGCAGGACAGAUGUGGUUUUUGCCCAUGUACAGGCCCUAGGAAUUCCAGAGCAUAGGGCUGUGAUGGAAGCUGCGUUUGUUUAUGGAACUCGCUACCAGUUUGUGUUGAGCACCGGAGGGAGUGUCCUUAAGUUUUUGGGAGUCAAGGAACAGAGAAAGAUGACUGCUGGACUCUGGUUUCUGCACUGUAAGAUGGUACCAAAGAGAUCUGAAUCUUGUCGUUCUACCACGCUAAAGAAAUUAAUGACUUCUCUGAAUGUCUAUAUUUUUCUUAAACUCAUGGAAAUGCCACUUGUGAUGGAAGUAUCCAUGGAUCCUGAUGAAGUUGUCAAAGCUCACCAGCCCCUUCACUUUCCUUUGCUCUUUCUCUUUACUCACAGAGAAACACUUCAACUAGAUAGGAAUCUGGCUGAAUCAGUAGCCUGGAAGCUCAGAGGGGAUGCUUUAGUUGCGUUGGUAAACAGGGAUGAGUCAAAAAGAAGACUCCCUGAAGAUCAUAAUGCUGCCUUCAUUCUUCCAGGUGAGGUGUUACCUGUCAAGUAUUUAACACUAAAGAAUGCUGAAGAAGCAAUAUACCUUUUCGAAGAAAAUGAGACUGCAGACUUGGAAGAUGAGACAAAAGAUUAUUCAUCGGUUUUAGAUAUUUUGGAUGAUGAAGUGGCAGAAUCAGUGUACAGAGACCGGAGCAUAAAUUUGGAAUCUUCUUAUGUUCCAAACUUAACAGCUCAGAAUUUCACCGAUAUCAUUUCAGAAGGCAGUCACACGGUGGUGCUGUUUUAUAACACAUGGGAUCCUGUGUCCAUGGCUUUUAUGCAGUCUUACUUUGAAACUGCUCAUCUGUUACGAGAUGCAACAGAUGUAACUCUUGCCUGUGUAAAUUGUGCAGAUUGGACAGAAGUGUGCAUGAGUCAGAACACAACUCAGUUUCCUGUGGUGAUACUUUAUAGCUCCUCCGAGAUGCCACAACAAUACUUUGGCAUGUUGGGCACUGAAAGCCUUCAUCGCUUUAUAAGACUAAGAAGAAUUCCAUCGCCGCUAAUUCUGACUACAGAGAAUGAUGUGGAGUCAUUUCUCAGUGGAGAAAUUCAUCAAUCAUUUGCAGCUUACAGCUCAUUAGCAGUCUUGGGUUUGUUCAACUCCAGUGACAAACAAGGCUGCUCUGCUUUUCAAGAAGCAAGUCAAGCUCUGAAAGGAGAGAUUGUGAUGGGUCUUUACUGUAAUCCAGAUAAUAUCGACUGGUCCUUGAAGCAUACUGGAUUGCUUCCUGUCAUGCUUUUUUCCAGAGGUCCUGAUUUCAGCCCUGAAGUCUUUUACCUUAAAGAAACUAAUCCACAGGCCAUUAUUUCAGCAAUUCGCCAGGCUACAUUCAACAAGCUUGUGGAGUUAACCUUGUUGAAUCUUCCAAGUUACCUGCAAUGCAAAAAACCACUGUUAAUUUUAUUUGUUAAUGAUGAGGAGAAGAGCAAAGGCAAAAGUGCUAAAGAUGAGUUGAGUGACUUGCAGAAUACUGGAUUUUUGGACCAGUUUGUGGCUUGCUGGUUACAUCUUGAUCGCACCCCUGUGGGUAGAGCAGUGCUUGAGUUCCACUUGGGUUUCUUGCCACAACUUCCUGUUUUGAUUCUUAUACAAAUCAACUCUGGGUCUGAGGUGUUUGUGUUUCCUACAGAGUACCCCCUGCUGGGCAGCGAAAUAAAGAACUGGCUGCACAGAGUCCAGAAUGGGUACGAGGAGCCUGUAGGAGAGUUAGAAGAUGAAAACUGGAGUCCAACAACACCUCUUUUUGAUUUUCUAGCUAUAAUGGAUGAGGCAGUCCCAGGUUUUGCAGCUCAGAAAAUAUCCAAAUCUCAGCAGUUAAAAUCAAAAACAGAGAGAGAGAAGGUAGAAAAAGACAAAGAAGAGAAUAUAAAACUCGAUUUGUCAAGUGGACAGUCUGUGCAACCAUCAGAACUAUUGGAAAAAGAUGAGAAGAUUCAAAAACGUACGUCUAGUGAUUCAGAACACAAGAGACAAGUAUUUCAUGUUAAAUCUUUACAUGGAGGUUCUCAACCCUUGGGCAAACAAAAGCAACACUCUGAACUUUAAUUUGGAAUUCAGCAUCUGUUGUAAUGCCUGCACUAAGCAUUUUGAAAUAAUUCUCCAUUAAUGGACCACACUUGGAUGUAGUCAGAGAGGCAUAGCCAGGAAUUUUAAGAUGGGAUGAAAAAGUAUAUGAAUCAUAGUUCACUGUAUGGUCAAUCAGUUGGAACUGUUAUAAAAUGUGUUUUGUUUGUGGUUCAAAUCCAAAAUCCCCUCUCCUAGGUACCCACAUGGAUGCCAUUCACUCUCAUCUAGCUCUCCUUUUCCGGCUUUUAAAGAGAGCUUCAUGCAGAAUGUCAGUGUGUAUCUUGGCAAUGUU